AUAAACUCUCUUGCUCUCCCUCUGUUUUGUUUUUUGUACAAUUUAGCAAAGUGAAAUCUGAACCUAAUAAAACCUAACACAUAUUACAUCUCACUAACUCCACUCUGUUUAUUGCGUUGCUUCCUAAGUGAUCGGUUCAAAUACAUACAGCAGCGAAGGCUGGAUGGCACGAGGCAGCGAAAAUGAAAAUAGAACUUCUUGGACAGGUUCGUUCUAUAUGAAAAGAAAGAUGACAAAUUCAGUUCAAUAUCGCGAGCUUAGGCAGACGAGGUUGAAGAGAGAACAUGAAGAAAAUAAAAAAAUUAAAGAAAAGGCAGAGGCUCACCUAUACACUGUUAUAAAGGUGGUACGAGAUGAAGACCUUGCAGAACAGAUUGGAAAGGAUAUAUUUUUUGAUCUCGUAAACCAUGACAAAGUGAGGAGUUUCCGUGUUAAAAAGCAGACAUCAUUUAAUGUAUUCAAGGAAGAGGUUGCUAAAGAUUUUGGCAUACCAGCUCGAUUCCAGCGCUUUUGGCUGUGGGCAGAGCGUCAAAACCAUACAUUUCGUCCUUGUAGGCCAUUGACACAAAUUGAAGAAGCAGGACCUGUUGGACAAUUGAAAACGGUAAAAAAUGAUGAAGAAGAAGAAUUAAGAUUGUUUUUGGAAGUUGAGCGUGGGCUGGAUUUACACCCCAUUGCACUACUCGAGAAGAGCGAGGAUGAUAUAUUACUUUUUUUCAAGUUAUAUGAUCCUGAAAAAGAGGAGCUACGAUAUGUUGGAAGGCUCUUAGUGAACCCUACUGGUGAGCCAUCAGAAAUCUUAACAAGGUUAAAUGAACUGGCUGGUUAUGAUCCUGUUGAAGAGAUUAAGAUUUAUGAGGAAAUUAAGUUUAUCCCAAAAGUCAUGUGUGAGCCUGUUGACGAGAACUUAACAUUUAACGGAAACCAGUUAGAAAAUGGUGAUAUUUUAUGCUUUCAGAAAGCUUCUGCUAUUGAUACUGAGAAACAUAUUCGCUAUCCUGAUGUGCCGUCAUACUUGGAGUAUGUGCACAAUUGCUAUCCUGAUGCGGCUUCAUACUUAGAAUAUGUGCACAAUCACAGGGUUUUUUUUGCUCCCUCAGACAUGGAAUCCGAAGAUGAAGAAGCAUUGGAAGAGCAAAAUGAAAACAUAUUGGCCAAAGAAACAAAUGUUGACAAAAACACUGAAGCUCAACAGUCAAAAGUGGAUAUAGAUACCAGCAAAGCCAACACUUCAAAAUUUGUCAGCAAAGAUUUUGAAGAAAUUGAUGCUAUGAUAGAUGAGGAUGCCAUUGCUGCAAUCGACAGAGUUUUAUCAGAAGGGAUUACUCUUACCUUAAAAUCUCAGCAUUCUGUACAUGGACAAGAAGUCCCAAAACUGGAUCCCAACCUCCCUGAACAACUUCUUCAGGAAUUGAGAGAUAUCGCCUUCAAAGAAGACUUGGUUGAAAAAUUUAGAGAAGGUCUCAAUCCUAAAGUUAACUUCAAUGCAGUCAAGGAAAAAAUUUAUUCUAACGCCGAUGCAUUUUCCUCUCACCAAUUAGAACUUGUUGGUGUUGUUGUUAACCUUCUCAACAACAUUGUAAUGAUGUACGAGAAACUCAAAAAUUUGAAAAAAGAACAAGACACGGCCAAGAAGAGCACUGACCAAGAUAAUGAAGCAUUGAAGGAGACAAGACAGAAAAUACUGACCUCAAAGAUUUCUUUCACAAACAACCAAACACAACUCAACUCUCUUGAUGCUCAGCUUGCUGAUUUUAAAGCCAAGCUUGAAAAACUAAAAGGUGACAGGACCAAAAUUGCUGAGAUUCAAGACCAAGAGAAACAUAAGAUCUCAUCAUUGAACAAAGAAGUUAAAUUAAUUUUCCGUCGCCUCGUUGAUUAUCAAAUUAAAUUGAAAAGUAUUGAGGAUCAAAUUCUGGAGGCUCAAACUGAAUUGGAAAGUCAUGAGAAGCUUUAUCUAAUCUUCAAGGCAACCCCUCCAUUUUGAUUUAUGUCUUUGUUUUGCCUUUUUGGCACAACAUUUUACUUCAAUGCCAAUUUACCCUAGUAGAUUACUAUUUUAAUACUAUGAAUACUUGGCAGAA